GCCUCUUCCGCCGCCCGGGCCCGGAGCGUGCACGCACACAGGCGCUAUGCGGGAGCGAGCGCGUUCGGGAGCCCGUGGCCAGACAAGGCUGGCGGAUGGGGGGGCCCGUGCCUGGUGUUCAGAUGCCGUGCUUGUCUAGAGUAACUGUGAAAUAAACAAUGGAUUCCUUGGACCACAUGCUGACAGAUCCCCUGGAACUUGGUCCCUGCGGAGAUGGCCGUGGCUCGAGGAUCAUGGAGGAGUGCCUCCUGGGGGGCACCAGGGUUAGUCUGCCUGAGGACCUUCUGGAGGAUCCUGAGAUAUUCUUCGAUGUUGUCAGCCUCUCCACCUGGCAGGAAGUAUUAAGUGACUCUCAGCGUGAACACCUUCAGCAAUUUCUGCCUCACUUUCCUGAAGACAGUAUUGAUCAGCAGAAUGAGCUCAUCCUGGCCCUGUUCAGUGGAGAGAACUUUCGCUUCGGAAACCCUCUGCACAUUGCCCAGAAGCUUUUUCGAGAUGGACACUUUAACCCAGAGGUGGUCAAGUAUCGGCAGCUCUGCUUCAAGUCACAGUACAAGCGCUACCUCAGCUCCCAGCAGCAGUAUUUCCAUCGGCUGCUGAAGCAGAUUCUUGCUUCCCGGAGUGAUCUCUUGGAGAUGGCCCGGCAGAGUGGCCCGGCCCUUUCCUUCCAGCAGAAGCGCCCUUCACCGUCUCGUACCCCUGAGGAGCGGGAGUGGCGGACCCAGCAGCGGUACUUGAAGGUCUUGAGGGAAGUGAAGGAGGAGUGUGGUGACACAGCCCUGUCAUCUGAUGAAGAGGCCACGUUGGAUUUACAAGAACAAUUUUCUUUUGAAGAUCUCAGCUCAUGGCUUCCGAGCUCUCCAGCGCGUUCUCCUAGUCCUGCGGUGCCCCUGAGGGUGGUGCCCACGCUUUCAACUACGGAUAUGAAAACGGCAGAUAAAAUAGAACUGGGGGACAGUGACCUGAAGAUAAUGUUAAAGAAGCACCAUGAGAAGCGGAAACAUCAACCAGAUCACCCAGACCUUUUGACAGAGGACCUGACCCUCAGUGACAUCAUGACGCGAGUGAAUGCUGGCAGGAAGGGCUCUCUAGCAGCCCUAUAUGACUUGGCUGUCCUUAAAAAAAAGGUUAAGGAAAAAGAGGAAAAGAAGAAGAAGAAAAUAAAAAUGAUCAAAUCAGAGACAGAGGACCUGAGUGAGCCCCUGAGCAGCACUGAAGGGGCCGCCUCCCUGUCACAGGCCCCGUCUCCACUGGCUGCUUCUGCUGUCAAGGAAGAGCCCCUUGAAGACCUCAAGCCUUGCCUUGGAAUCAACGAAAUAUCUUCUAGCUUCUUUUCCCUUCUGUUAGAGAUCUUGCUGCUAGAGAGUCAGGCUAGCCUUCCUAUGCUAGAGGAGCGAGUUUUAGACUGGCAGUCGUCUCCAGCCAGCUCCCUCAAUAGCUGGUUCUCUGCGGCCCCCAGCUGGGCUGAGCUGGUGUCACCAGCCCUGCAGUAUCUUGCCGGAGAGAGCCGAGCUGUUCCUUCCAGUUUCUCUCCAUUUGUUGAAUUCAAAGAGAAAACCCAGCAGUGGAAAUUACUUGGACAAUCCCAAGAUAAUGAAAAGGAAUUAGCUGCCCUCUUCCAGCUGUGGCUAGAGACCAAAGACCAGGCCUUCUGUAAGCCAGAAAAUGAAGACAGCUCAGAUGCCACGACACCUGUCCCUCGGGUAAGAACUGACUAUGUGGUACGGCCCAGCACAGGGGAGGAGAAACGGGUUUUCCAGGAGCAGGAACGUUACAGGUACAGCCAACCCCAUAAGGCAUUCACCUUUCGCAUGCAUGGCUUUGAGUCUGUGGUGGGGCCGGUGAAGGGUGUGUUUGACAAGGAGACCUCACUCAACAAGGCUCGGGAACACUCCCUGCUGCGCUCCGACCGCCCUGCCUACGUCACCAUCCUGUCUCUAGUUCGGGAUGCUGCAGCUCGGCUGCCCAAUGGAGAAGGCACACGGGCAGAGAUUUGUGAACUGCUCAAGGACUCCCAGUUUCUCGCACCUGAUGUCACUAGCACUCAGGUGAACACAGUAGUGAGUGGCGCACUGGAUCGGCUGCAUUACGAGAAAGAUCCUUGUGUGAAGUAUGACAUUGGGCGGAAGCUGUGGAUCUACCUGCAUCGCGACCGAAGUGAAGAAGAGUUUGAGCGGAUUCACCAAGCACAAGCAGCUGCGGCCAAAGCCAGAAAAGCCCUUCAGCAGAAACCCAAGCCCCCAUCCAAGGUGAAGUCCACCAGCAAGGAGAGCUCUGUAAAGGUCCUCAGCAGCGGCCCUUCGGAACAGAGCCAGAUGAGCCUCAGUGACUCCAGCAUGCCGCCCACCCCAGUCACGCCUGUAACCCCCACCACGCCAGCUUUGCCUGCCACUCCCAUCUCCCCUCCCAUAUCGUCAGUGAGCAGAAGUGGCCCUACCCCCGUCUCGGAACCAGCAAAGUCUAGCUCAGGUGUUCUUCUGGUGUCGCCACCAACAAUGCCACAGCUGGGGACGGUGCUUUCUCCAGCUUCCAGCCAGACACCACCCAGCUCUCAGGCUGCAGCCCGAGUCGUGAGCCAUUCUGGCUCGGCCGGUGUGCCCCAGGUGCGGGUGGUGGCCCAGACCAGCCUCCCUGCUGCUCCCCAGCAGGCAGCAGGGCCAGCACAGACACUGCCGCCGGUGCCUGCAGGGCCGCAGAUCCGGGUUCCAGCCACUGCCACACAGACCAAAGUGCUGCCCCAGACAGUGAUGGCCACUGUUCCAGUCAAAGCACAGACUGCGGCGGCCACUGUGCAGCGGCCUGCACCUGGGCAGACGGGGCUUACGGUGACGAGUCUCCCCACUGCAGCCGGCCCUGUGAGUAAGCCCGCCACGAGUCCUCCUGGGGCCUCUGCUCCAAGCGCCUCCACGGCUGCUGUCAUCCAAAACGUCACAGGACAGAACAUUAUCAAGCAGGUGGCCAUUACCGGGCAGCUCGGUGUGAAGCCCCAGACGGGCAACAGCAUUCCACUCACAGCCACUAACUUCCGCAUCCAGGGUAAGGAUGUGUUGCGUCUGCCACCCUCUUCCAUCACCACAGAUGCCAAGGGCCAGACAGUUCUGCGAAUCACACCGGACAUGAUGGCCACCUUGACCAAGUCCCAGGUCACCACAGUCAAAUUGACCCAGGACCUCUUCGGGACAGGAAGCGGCGCGGCAGGCAAAGGCAUCUCUGCUACCUUACACGUCACUUCCAACCCAGUCCAUGCAGCCGACAGCCCUGCCAAGGCCAGUUCAGCCAGUGCCCCUUCAUCCACUCCAACAGGUACCACCGUGGUCAAAGUGACUCCUGACCUCAAGCCAACAGAAGCCUCAAGCUCCGCUUUUCGCUUGAUGCCAGCUCUUGGUGUGAGUGUGGCAGACCAGAAGGGCAAAAGCACAGUGGCCUCUUCGGAAGCAAAACCAGCUGCCACGAUCCGCAUCGUGCAGGGCCUGGGGGUGAUGCCUCCCAAAGCAGGGCAGACCAUCACAGUUGCAACCCACGCCAAGCAAGGGGCCUCAGUAGCCAGUGGGUCUGGCGCUGUUCAUACGUCAGCAGUGUCCUUGCCCAGCAUGAACGCCGCUGUGUCCAAGACUGUGGCUGUGGCUUCUGGGGCUGCAAGCACCCCCAUCAGCAUUGGGACAGGAGCCCCCACUGUGCGGCAGGUCCCUGUCAACACCGCGGUUAUGUCUACGUCCCAACCUGGGAAGCUGCCUACACGGAUCACAGUUCCACUCUCUGUGAUUAGCCAGCCGAUGAAGGGCAAGGGUGUGGUCACAGCCCCCAUCAUCAAAGGCAACCUGGGAGCCAACCUCAGUGGGUUGGGUCGCAACAUCAUCCUCACCACCAUGCCAGCAGGCACUAAGCUCAUCGCCGGCAACAAGCCUGUUAGCUUCCUCACUGCCCAGCAGCUGCAGCAGCUGCAGCAGCAAGGUCAGGCCACACAGGUAAGGUCCAAGGCAAGCUCUUGGCUUUGCUCUGAUUCUUUUGCUGUUCUAUUUGAUGAGCCCACUUGUAAUCCACCAAUCACAUCUUUUGCUCUUUGCAAACAGGUGCGCAUCCAGACUGUCCCCGCAUCCCAUCUCCAACAGGGCACAGCAUCUGGCUCUUCCAAAGCAGUCUCUACCGUGGUUGUGACCACAGCUCCGUCUCCUAAACAGGCACCCGAGCAGCAGUGACCGGAAGAGAGAUAGCCUCUGUGAAGACCGGGCCUGCUCUGUCCUUCUGGCUGAAAGGAGGGGAGCAUGGAGGUUGUAUCAUUCCUAUAAGCUUGUCUGUCCAGGCAGUGAGUAGGGACAUGGUGGCAACAGUGGCCUGGUUUCUGUUGCACGCUCCACAGUGGAGCACCCUGAGAAAGGUUCUGGGGUCUGCUCUCUACCAAUCUAGGAGAAGAUUCUGGUGGAAUUGGAGCGCGUCGUGGUUCUGUCGUCCAAGCCAGAGUUCUCUUCCGGGAGUAAGACACCCAGGGAAGGCUUACCAGUUGCAGAGUUCACAGACAGUGAAGAAGUCUUGGACUACGUGAGGAUUGUAUUUUUUAGCUCUGGUCCUCUCCAUGACGAGUGGUCUAGAUUUGAGUUCUGCGCCUACAAAAUUUUAUGUAACUUAUUUUUUUAAAGAGACUAUCGUACAUCUUUAUCAAAUAGAAAUCUGGGCUUUAGUCCCCCCUAAAUGGAUACUUAUUCUUUUGACCAGAACGAGAGAAUAACAAGAAUUUUAAUAAGUUGUUGGCUGACUUGAUAGCUAUAUAGUGGUGGAGAGGCUGUAAGACAGAGAACCACAGGAAGGGGGUAGUGUGGAUUCCCUGACAUGGAAUUAAUCUGGCAUGGCCUCUUAAAGAUGGGGUGUUGAGAUCUUGAUUGUGGUCCCUGGCUUCCCCUGCCAACUUUGCUCUCUGUGGCAAACCCAUUCACGUGGAAUUCCAGAGCCAGUGCGCAGAGAGGAGAACCAGAGCGGACGUGCCGCUUCUGCAGCAAAACUGUGUUGCAGUUCAGAGAUUAUACAUUCUGCUUUGCUCCAGAGCAAAAGUUGCAAACCAGACCCUUGGGGCUGGCUACUUGUUUUUGUAAAUAAAGUUUUUAUGGGAACACAGCCCAUACCCAUUCAUUUCUAUGUAUUUACGGCUGCUUUCAGGUUAGAAGGCAGAAUUGAGUAGUUGACACAGAGACUUACAGCUUUCAGGCCUAAACUGUUUCUUCUUUUAUGGCCUUUUAAGGAUGAGUUUGUUGAGCCCUAUUCCAGGGCAGAGAUGGCAGGAGGAGAGGGGGGGUGUGCAGGGCCAGGGAUCUGCCUGCCCGACAGUGAUAACCCCCAGAGAGGUCAGUCUGGAUUUGGAAGUCGAAUGCUGGCAUUUCAUACUUAUCAGCCUCUAGUAGCUACAGGUAGAACUCAGAAUGACACUUUAUAGGGGUCCUCAGACUUUUUAAACAGGGGGCCAGUUCACUGUCCCUCAGACCGUUGGAGGGCUGGACUAUAGUUUUAAAAAAACUAUGAACAAAUUCCUAUGCACACUACAUACCUUAUUUUGAAUUAAAAAAACAAAAUGGGAACAAAUACAAUCAUACUGCCUCAUGUGGCCCGUGGGCUGCAGUUUGAGGACCCCUGCUUUAAAAUAUAAAAACUGAUUGAAGCACUGGUUGUUACCAGUAUAUACCUUUCUUAUCCUUAUAGGUGGAUGGAAAAGCCUUUCUACAGUGAUAGGCUUCCCUUUCUUCAAAGUAUGCAAAUUAUUAAACAUGGACCUUUCCUCUGUGGGAUUAGUGAUGGUCUUUGAGAUCUGGGUGAGGAGGUGGAGCUGUAGGGCGUGGAAUGGAGGUGGCCCGGAGUAGGUGUGGGCAGUUCAGCAGGUUGCAGAGGAGCAGUGAGUGGUGUGGGAGGCUUACUGGCCACACAGGAGUUUUCACAGACAUUUCGUUUGAAAUUGAUGUCAUCAUUUCCUUUUUACCUAUGAAAAGAUGUGAGUCUGAGCUGACAUUCAAGACAGCUAAGAUGUCAAUCUGGUCUUCUAAUGCUGCUCCCAGCCCCAUUCUGCCGCCUCCCUCCAGGGCGUGUGUCCUGGUGAGCCGCAGGAGGUGGUAAACUGGAUCAGAGAGCAGAGGUGAACAGGCCAGGCAGGGGUCGAGCUGUUGAUGGGCAAGCGGAUGCUUGGUACUGCAAUGAGGCCGCAGUGGGACUGCAGGGGGGAAAUGGGUCUUUCACCUGAGUAAAGGAGAAUGUGUUCGCAUUUUAUAAUGCUUUGAUACUUUCACAUCUUCAUUAUUUCCAAGAGUCACAUUUCACAUUGAAUGCCUUAUGACAGUUUCCAAAUGAGAAGAAGGUAGAAAUUUCAGUGAUCCUGUCUCAGGUAUUUACUGCUGGCUAAAAAUAAACCCCUUCUGAAUUUGUUUAGCAAAUGAUUUCAUAAAAGUAACUCCGACGUUCAGCCUCAGCCCUACCCCAGGCUGCUACUUACUGGAGCCACCAGACUCUGCCUGUCUCUGUGUCCAUCCUGGUGAGCACGAUGUCAAGUUCAGACCUUUCAGGCUGCCCUUGUGGGCCUGACUCUUAGUCUAGUCUGGGUACUGUCCCGCGGCCCUGGAAUAGCGCAGAAUGGAAACCCUGUGCGGCUCAUGGUGACAGCACCAGUAUUUGUGCCCCACACAUGCUUCCUUUGUAUGCCGACUGAGGGGUCUCCUGGAGAGGGGUGGGUGGCUGCGGGUGGGUGUUUUGCAUGGAACUUUUCCAGAAGAACUUCCAGCAGCAGCCAUUGAGCCACUGCUUCACAGAGGUUGGUAAAAUUAUUCUGACCACAUCUAAGAUGGAAUCUGGGGAAUCAUAUUGUAAUUGGUUUCUGCUUUAAUACCACCUCUGUCUGUGGUGGGUUGGUCACUUCACUUGAAGGCAUCACAAACAUGCUGUGUGAUGGGCAUCCAGAGAAACUUUAGUAUUUUAUAUCUGAUCAUCACACUGCAGUCUCACUCUGGAGAAAAUACAUUUCCUUAAAACAUUUUGUAUUUAAAAAAAAAAACUUAAAAUGUGGGGCGGUGCCUGUGGCUCAAGGAGUAGGGCGCCGGUCCCAUAUGCCGGAGGUGGCGGGUUCAAUCCCAGCCCCAGCCAAAAACCACAAAAAAAAAAAAAAAAAAACAAAACUUAAAAUGUGGAUCUUUUCUAUGAAAAUAAAACAGAAAUAGAGUUGUUCUUCCCAUUUCCACUCCCUAAGGAAAGAACACAUUUUUAUUAACUGCCAAUGAUAGAGGUAUUUUUUUUCUUUCUUUCCUUUUUUUUUUUUUUUUUUUUUUGAGAUAGGGUCUUGUUCUAUUGCCCACACUGGAGUACAGUGGCAUUGUCAUAGCUCACUGUAACCUCAAACUCCUGGGCUCAAGUAAUCCUUCUGCUUCAGCCUCCCGAGUAGCUAGGAUUGCAGGUGUGAGCCACUGUGCCCAGCUAAGUAAAAAUUAUUUUUUGUAGAGAUGAGGUCCUGUUGUGUUGCUCAGGCUGGUCUCAGACUCCUGGCCUCAAGCGAUUCUCCUGCCUCAGCCUCCCAAAGUGUUGGAAUUGCAGGCGUGAGCCACCACAUCCAGCUUUCCAGCACUUGUGGAGUGAGUGGGUGGGUUCUUCCUCAGGUGGCAAACCGAGGUGGGUUCUGAAAGGGGACCCAGGACAUCUGUAAUAACUUAAUUGGUGUUUUUAGUAUCUCAUUUUUAAUCUUAAACUGUGACUCCAACUCUGAAUGGCUGACUAAUCAUGGGAGGUUACUUUUUGUUAAAGAGUUUGUUCCAAAGUGCAUUCCAUGUGUUAUAUAAGUUAUCACAUCUCCAGUGAUAGGGCAGGGUGAAUGGUGAGAAAGACACUGGGCUUUUGAGUCAUACUGAGAACAGGUUUGCUAUUUGUUAGCUCUGUAACCUUAGGCUAAGCAGCCUUGCUGAAGGACCUCAUGCACUCAGUACAUAUUACAGGCCAUUUUAAGAACCAAACUCAGAAUCUGAAAAACAGUUUGCAAAUGAAAGGUAUUGCUUCGUCUCCAAGGCCCUUCACCCUUUGUCCUUUCCCACUUUUAUCAGAGCUCUCCGUGUUCUUCCUGCUCCCGUUGGCUCUGCCUACUGCGCUCUGUGCCUGGGAUGUGCUUUCUCUGUAAGGCAGACUCCCCGCGUCCCUCCCCUGCUUUCUCUCUGGCCGUGAUCUGCACUCACCUUUGCCAGCAUCUCUCAACGCUGGGUGUAACCGCUUUGUCUCUGCAGUAGCCUGCAGACUCCUCUCUGGACACACACCUCAUUCUUCCUUUCAACCAUGUCAUUGCUGGUGCAAAGUAGAUGUUUAAUAAAUGCUGAAGGAAGUUUAAAUAAAAGAAAAAACAGAUCCAGAACCAAGACUAGAAUAUCAAGAGUUUAUAUUACUAAUUGAGAAUUCACAUCCUUUGCAGAAUUUACUUCCAAUUAUUUUAAAAGUGAAGGCCUUUGGGAGGCAUCUGUGGCUUAAGCGAGUAGGGCGCAGGCCCCAUAUGCUGGAGGUGGUGGGUUCAAAACCAGCCCCAGCCAAAAACUGCAAAAGAAAAAAAAAAUUUUUUUACAGUGAAGGCCUUCUAUAACCAAGACAUUCUCUCUCUGCCUCAUUAUACACCUUUGCUGUCAGAUCCUUUAUUAGGGCAACUUUGAGAGUUCUAGCUCUCCGCUGAGCCACUGACUAGCUUUCAGAUUAAAAAACACAAUCUUUGGCCUAAUUUUGUAACUUGUCAGCAGUGGUAUUGCAGUGCUGUGGUACGAUUAGUUAGGAUAUGUUUAACAAGUAAUAUUUAAAAAUUACCAAACCUUGUGAAUUACUUCACUCUUACAAAAAGUAUGUUAGAAUUUUAACUCUAAAAUAAAGGCACUGUUCACUGAUGUUUUGAUAUCUCUCUGAUAACAAAGUUGUUUCUUUCUUGAGAGAAAGGUGGGUGAGAGUAAGUUUUCCUGCUGGAUUCAUAGCCUGGAUUCAUCCACGAGGCCCUUUUCUUGCUCUACAGCUUACAGUCUCUGAUUUCUCACCAAAGACACAAAAGCUUGCUGCCUGCAAGUAUUAAAUCAUUUUUCUUUAUGAAAGAUAUUACACCAACACAGAGCUUAAAUUAUGUUUAAAAAAUCCAAACAGCAAGGUACACAAAACACUGAAGCCGUAAUUUCCUGAUUUAGAACCUCUAGCCUGUGUGAAGUGACCAGGUGGCAGCGUAGACCCUCAGUAGCAGGCCGCAGCCAGCGCUGCAGCGCUGUGGCAAGCUUUGUCCCCUGCCCUGCAGCGGGAGUCCACCCUCUGCGUGGCCCAGUCUCAGUCCUCAUCUGAGUCGCUCAGGAGGGUGGCCUGGUAAGUGUGAUCGGCCUUCAGUUUCUGAAUCCCAAUGACCUCUCCUCCAAGUCUCUUCAUCCGAGUCGAAAGGC